AUGAGAUCUAACAAUUAUAAGGCUAAGUAGAGUGGCUUCUACAGAUUCACUGCAUUUUUUGGGAGAUAAAUCAGAAAAAUCGAUAGGUUUGGACAUCCAAUAGGAUUUACUUACAAAAGCGAACAAACUUAUAAAUCCACUUUCGGAGGGCUUAUGACAAUAUUGUCGAUUAUAAGUCUCGUUGUAUAUUUCUUAUUUAUGAUCUUGAAGAUCUUUCAAAAUUCAGACUAUACUAUAACGAACACUUCUUAUCAGAGGGAUCUAUAUGUUGAUGAGACUCCGUAUAAUUUCUCCUUAAGUGAGUUUGAUUAUGCAAUACAAUUAAGUUAUGGAGGAAUAGAUCCCAAUGUUACUAAUCUGCAUCAAUAUUUUACAGUUAGAAUGUAUAAUUUCAAAUCUUAUAACAACCCAAACUCAUCAGACAUUUAACUGCCAGUCAUUUUGGCAGCUGAUGAGUACAAUAUAACUCCCUGUCUCUAGACAAGAUUUGCAAAUUAAUCAAGGACUGAUAACACGAAAUGGUGGUGUUCAACUUAAGAUCAUUUCAUAUUGUAAAGCAAAGGAUCACCUCGUACUCAAAGAGUCAGAAUGGAGAUGACAUAUUGUAAUUAAGCCUCUUUAACUAAGAUUUUCCCAAAUUUAACAUGCAAAAGUAGAGAAGAAGCAGAUGCCAUUGCAAAAGAUGUCAAUAUGCUGUUUGCUUUUUUACAAUAGUACCUUGAUGUUUCUGAAUUUGAAGCGCAACCAAUAAAGUAUACGAUUUAAACUUUUACAUUUAAUCCAGCGACUGACUAUAAAUACUAUACAUUUUCAAUUUCAAAGAACUUUGCUAUUAUCUAAGAUUCUUGGUUAGCUGCAUCAAUAAACCAGAAAAACUUGACCUAUGCAUCAGUUAGCCAUGAGUAUGAUAAUUCAAAAAUAAAAAAUAACAUCUGGAUGACAAUACAGUUUUUCAUGGGUGAAAAUACCUCAGUUAUCACCCGUAGAUCAUAUAAUCUAAUUGAUGCCUUGACUAACACUGGAGGUUUUGCCUCAAUAGUUAUGAUACUUUUCAAAUUACUCACAAUGAAAGUUUAAAAAGCUCUUUUUGAAAUUUCAAUCAUUAAAAAGAUAUUUUUCAGGCAGUAAUAGUUGGCAAAUACUAGGCAAAAUUCUGAAUCAAUGAAAGUUGGAAGAAAAAGAGACAGACUUCAGAAGGAUUCAGAAAUUGCAAGUCGAAGAGAGAGUGUUAAUGACAAAGCAAUGGAGAUAAGUUAAAAUUUGAAGAAAUUCUAACCUUUUAGAUAUAGCUUUACCAAUUUCAUCAAAUCUUCAAUAUGUAGUCGCUUUAAAAAGUCUCAUUCCUUAGACUAUCUAUUCAGAGAAGGAGUUAAAAAGUUGAGAAAAGAGUUUGACAUUGUUAGAAACCUUAAGCAAAUAAGAUAGAGUGAUUCAAUAGCUAGUCUACUUUUAAAUAGAGAAUAGAAAGAAUUAUUGCCCUACUUCAAGAAGAAUAUUCUCGAGGGAGGAACUUAAGAGGGUUAAGAAAAAUUGCUCAAAAAGUUGACAAUGAUACAUGAUGAUUCUUAGCUACACAAGUCUAUCUCAAAAAUCAUAAAAUCUAGCUAAAAGUCAGUCAUUGACAAAAGAAUAGUUGAAAACUUAUCUAUAUUUAACCCAUCCUUGCAAGAAGAAUCUGCAAGAUUCAGAGAGUCUUUUGACAAGUCUAGCUAGUCCAACUCUAAACUAAAAGAUCAAGAUGGUUAGUAGGAACUUUUAAGAAUCUUUAAAAGAUACAAAAAAAAGAACGAGACCUGA